CUCUUGCAAGCUUUGUACAAAAUGUCAAUUCUUUUACACGUUUCAAUACAACGAAAACAUAUAUUAAUUUCUCUUCGAAAUGAGGAUUUUUUGCCAUCAAAGGAGCAAGUCUACUAUUUUGCCCUAGAAUAUCUUCAACGUGGCGACAACCCUGUUGACUAGAGUUAACUAACACUGGAGCCUUGACAUUUUUUAUUAGGAAAAAUAAUUCGUUCUUCUAGAAGAGCUUAAUUAAACGUAAAAUGGCCAACAAAUUCCGGAAUCUGAGCAGCAAGCUUUUCCAGCUGGCCAAGAGCAGCUUCAGCCGAACAGCAGUGCGUCCGCGAAUGAGUUUCACGGGUCGUAUUGGCUUCUACGGUCGCAAUCGCAAGUUACUUGGCGCGUUAGGAGCCCUAACUGGAGCAGCCGGCCUCCUGAUCUACGCCCUGGAAAGCAGUGUGGACGCCUCCACGGACUGCGUGCAUCCGCCACAUCAGCACUGGAAUCACACCGGACUGCUGGCUGCCUUGGACAAGGAGAGCGUGCGUCGUGGUUACUUUGUUUACAAGGAGGUCUGUGCCUCCUGCCAUUCUUUGCAGUACAUCGCCUAUCGCAAUCUGGUGGGAGUUUGCUUGACGGAAUCGGAAGCCAAGGCCGAAGCGGAAAGCAUAACCGUAAGAGAUGGGCCGAAUGAUGAGGGCGAGUUCUUCGACCGCCCCGGCAAGCUGUCCGAUCAUUUUCCAUCUCCCUAUGCCAAUGAGGAGGCAGCCCGUUCCGCCAACAAUGGCUCCUAUCCUCCGGAUCUCAGUUACAUAGUAUCUGCCCGCAAGGGUGGCGAGGACUAUGUGUUCGCCCUGCUUACCGGCUAUUGUGAUCCUCCUGCCGGAUUUGCUCUACGCGAUGGGCUUUACUACAACCCAUAUUUCUCCGGUGGAGCCAUUGCCAUGGCCAAAGCUAUUGACAAUGAAGUGGUAUCGUUUGAGGAUGCGAAUGUUGCUGCCUCAGCUGCCCAAAUCGCCAAGGAUGUGUGUGUCUUCCUGAAGUGGACAUCGGAACCGGAAGCGGAUGAACGCCGUCUGUUGCUCAUAAGGGUUACGCUUAUUUCGGCCUUCUUGAUUGGCAUAUCGUAUUAUAUCAAGCGUUUCAAGUGGUCGGCUCUCAAAUCUCGCAAGAUCUUCUUUAUCCCUGAGCUGGAGGCCCAGGCCAAAAAGGAGGCGGAGGAGGCCGCCAAAGCGCUGGCCAAGGCCAAGGAGCAGGAGUGCAACAAGUGCGAGAACAAGAACGAAAAUAAGGAAUAAGCAUUUGUAACUCCUCGUAAAAUCAGUAUAAUCAUUUAACACACCAGAGUUAAUGUUCUUUAAUAAAAAUUUAAA